CCGUUAGAUUCAUACUCACGCGGAUCGCUCCGAAAACAAAAACUCGCUCCCUUUCUCCCUCUAAGAUUUGAGUUCACUUCAAUUCAAACACCUCUAUAAAACCCUUUUUUCACACCGUAUCAAAAAGUAUCGAAAUUACAUCUCUUUUAUCAAUCUCAGCUCAAAAUCAAUCUUCUAGAAGUUUCUCUCAAUGGCUCGUACAAAGCAAACUGCCCGCAAAUCCACCGGCGGAAAAGCUCCCCGGAAGCAGCUAGCAACAAAGGCCGCUAGGAAAUCAGCUCCGGCAACCGGCGGAGUGAAGAAGCCACACAGAUUCAGACCAGGAACCGUUGCCUUGAGAGAGAUCCGUAAGUACCAAAAGAGCACCGAGCUUUUGAUCCGUAAACUUCCAUUCCAACGUCUCGUUCGUGAAAUCGCUCAGGAUUUCAAAACGGAUCUGAGGUUCCAGAGCAGUGCUGUUUCGGCUCUUCAGGAAGCUGCUGAGUCUUACUUGGUUGGACUGUUCGAAGACACAAACCUUUGCGCUAUUCAUGCAAAGAGAGUCACCAUCAUGCCUAAGGACAUUCAGCUUGCAAGAAGAAUCAGAGGCGAGAGGGCUUAGUUUUUAUCUACUCUAAUUUAAAUUUUCGUAACCCUUGAAUUAGAUAGGUUCUACCAGUAUCAGAGUCCAUGGUGAAUCUCAUCCUCUUGUUGGAACAAACUAUUUGUUGUUAAAUGUUAAUCAAUGAAGUUACAAUUUCACUCUA